AUGAACACAAGACACUUGCAAUUGCAAUUGGAGUACAUUACAAUCUUCGGGGAGGACUUGUUCGUUCGACUGAACAAUACCUACGAUUUACCGAUGAUAUGGAAUAACGGACAUAUAUGGAAAAGCACUGUAAUGUGCGACACGGACCGACUGACGUAUCAGUAUGUUGUGAAGUACCGAGGACAAAUGAAACGAAUAGAAGAGUGCAACUGGAGGGUUGUGAGUCUUCCGAGCGAUGCCGAGUUUGGAGAGAAGUGGGCAUAUCCCAUGAGUA